UCUGACUCUACCCCCUCGCCAGUUAUAAAUCCAAGAACAGGAUGCUUGCCCACGACCCUCUCUCCAAACUACAGAGAAGGCAGCUCGGAGAGAGACCCGGAGCGGCAGCCGCGGAGUAAGAUGCUCUGCGGGGCGCCCUGAGCCUGGGGCGCGUGAAGCAGCUUCAGUGGCCAGGGCAGCUUUCACCAUGCAUCAGUCCCUGACUCAGCAGCGGUCCAGCGACAUGUCUCUGCAGGAUUCUAUGGGAGCCUUCAGUCGAAGGAAACGAAACUCCAUCUAUGUCACCGUGACUUUGCUUAUGGUGUCCGUGUUAAUUCUCACGGUGGGCCUUGCUGCAACCACCAGGACCCAAAAUGUGACUGUUGGAGGUUAUUACCCAGGAGUUAUUCUUGGCUUCGGAUCAUUCCUUGGAAUUAUUGGAUCCAACCUUGUUGAGAACAAACGGCAAAUGCUGGUGGCUUCUAUCGUCUUUAUCAGCUUUGGUGUGAUUGCAGCCUUUUGUUGUGCCAUAGUGGAUGGGGUCUUUGCUGCCAGACACAUUGAUCUGAAACCACUUUACGCUAACCGGUGCCACUAUGUUCCCAAGACAUCACAGAAGGAAGCUGAGGAGGUCAUAAGUUCCUCAACCAAAAAUUCUUCCGUGAGGGUUAUGAGGAACCUUACCCAGGCAGCUAGAGAGGUGAAGUGCCCUCACCUCAGCCGUGAAUUCUGCACUCCUCGCAUCCGGGGCAACACCUGCUUCUGCUGUGACCUCUACAACUGUGGCAACCGGAUGGAGAUCAUUGGUGGGUACUAUGAGUACAUCGAUGUCAGCAGCUGCCAGGACAUAAUUCACCUCUACCACCUGCUCUGGUCUGCUACCAUCCUCAACAUCGUCGGCCUGUUCCUAGGCAUCAUCACUGCCGCUGUCCUUGGAGGCUUUAAGGACAUGAACCCAACUCUCCCAACACUGAACUGUUCUGUUGAGAAUGCACAUCCGACUGUUUCUUACUAUACUCGUCCUCAAGUGACAUCCUACAAUACCUACUGCCAUAGCCCUCCUCACCUGCCACCAUAUUCUGCUUAUGACUUUCAGCAUUCUGGUGUCUUUCCAUCCUCCCCUCCCUCUGGACUUUCUGAGGAGCCCCAGUCUGCCUCUCCUUCACCCAGCUACAUGUGGUCCUCCAGCGCACCACCCCGUUACUGUCCAUCCUACUACCCACCCGUUGAAAAGCCACCACCUUACAGCCCCUAAAAAUGAAUGCUUGCCAGCUAUUGGGAUUAUUGUGGCUUUUGUAUGUGCUUUAGUGAAGUGUGUAGGGUACACAAUUUAAAAUGUGAUUCUUAUGCAUAGUUUCAAGUUUUACAACAGCCUGCCAGGCAGGCUAGGGAAAGAUAGAAAUGAAGCUUAUCCGUUAUCAGUGCCAAGCAGGAGUGGCUAGGCUGAACCCAGGACUUCCAAGAAGGGCAGUGCACACAAUCUAAGGCUGGGGAGCCAGCCCAGCAAGACGCUUGUCAUGUUUGGAGAUGCAUUACCCCAUGGCUCUGCCUCUGUAUUCAGCAGAAGCGUGGUUGUCACGUUUCAUUUUGUGUAAGUAAGUGUUGUUCUCAGGCCCUUGGCAGAUUGCCACUCUAGUACCUUAAAGUACCUGGCUUCUAGGCCCUAUUUUUCCCUACCACUAAAGUCAGUUCCUAAGAAGUUUCCAAGAUGAGGGGGCUACACUGUAGUUCCAAUAGAGAGUCCUGGCUAGGAUUUUGUUUGCUUGUGUUUGGACGUUGGAAAAAGCUGCCCAUCACUCUUACUCCUUUCUUCUCUGUAUUGUAAAAAUGGCUGUCACGAUCAUUCAGUUCAGCUUCUGUUACUGGUACCUCCCAAAGGGAAAAGUACAAUAUUCCAAGUAGUGGGGAACAGGAUUGUUCUAGAAGCACUGAAAUACAGAGCAACAUAUGGUAUGUUUUAAAUAGAUCUGUUAUACAUGUGAUAACUUAGGAGACAGUGGUUCUGCUACAUGUUGCAGUUAUUACAAAAUACAUUUGCUACAGGAGAUAUAAAUCUUAUGGUUAAAUUUCAGAGUUAAAAAUGAUAGAUUAGGUUAUUGGGUAGUGAUAUGAAUUAUUAAUCUUUGUGACUAUUUAAUCUUCACAUGUUGUGCUUCAACCCCAGCAAACAGCACAUAUCCUGCACCCUACCCCCAAAGAAUCAUCUGUAUUUUAAUGCUACUGUUCUUAUUGGUCCCUUUUUCUACUGAGACCAAUCAUGACAGCAUACAAGAUUAUGAAGUGUUACAAUGCUGCUUUAAGUCUGCAAAACCUCAAAUGUAACCAACUCUACAAAUUCUUAAGUGUUAUUGUAGAUUUAAAAUGCAUCUGGCACAUUGUGGUAGGUAUUUGUAGAAUUCUUUUAAUUAUACAUAGUUUUAAACCAUCAACCUGAUGGAUUUAACACUUUAGCACCCAUGCCUUCACUUUAAAACUAACACUUUUGUGUGAUCUUAUGUUAACCUGAGAAAUGACUGAUUUAAAGGAAGAUGAAUAAUCCUACCCUUGUAUAAUGUAAAAAUACAGGAGGGUACCGAAAGACAGUUCUGCAAACACAGAACACAUACUGGAAAAUUUUCCAGCCAAUUUUGCUACCUCCUGACCUGAUAGAUUAGAAGCAGUAGGCAAAUGCUGGUGCUCCCAUCUACCUUGUAGACACCCAGCCGUCAAGAAUUAUCAAGGCACAAGUGCACUCAUGGUUCACAGUAAAUGUUUGCAAACCAUUCAAUUUAGCUUUCAGCAUCAUGAACGAUGCCUCAUCCAGAUUUCAAAUCUGAAAACUAUAAUCCUUUUGUUACAUAAAAUUACUAUUAUUUCCUACAGUUCUGAGCAGAUUAAAAUUCUAUUGGAUUUCAAAAAGGGACUAAUAACCUAUUCACUUACAAUAUAAAUAUCAACUUGUAAUACUCAGUGAUUUUUUUUACUGUUUACACUUUACCUUUUGCUUUAGUGAAUGUAUGAGUAUUUAGUUUUUUUAAAAGACACAAUUACAGCAUAUCCUACAUUUAUCACAUUUCUUAGUGUUAAGAUUCUGACUCAUUUUUAUGUAUUUUUCUUACUUUACAAAAUAAAACGGUAUAGAUUUUGUAACUUAAUUUGAGUUUUAUUAUACUGAAUUAUAUAAAGUGCAUGUUACCUUAGAAAAAAUACUUGAUUUACUCUUUUGCGAAACCAUUUGCUGUAAUGAGGGAAUCUGUACUUCCAAUAUGUACCUUGACUGCAUUUUGUAACAUUUACUGCUUUACUCCUAAUUCUGCUUUAAAGUAUUGAGCUGGGCAUGAAACAUUAAAAUAUUAAUCCAGGACCGUAUAAACUGGAUGUUGCUUUAAAUCUGUAUCACUGCCAUGUUGGAAACCCAGACUGCUUUUGUGAUGUUUCAAAUGAAUAAAACUAUACUCCUCCUUAACUGCU